AGCUUUAAACUAACCUGUUAUUUCUCUUUAGUUUCAACCUCACUGCUGAGCUGCACAACAAACCAAGCUCGUCUGACUGUGAGUCCCAGCAGCUCUCAGUUCUUUAAAGGAGACUUUGUGUCUCUGAGCUGUGAGGAGGACGACAGCUCUGCUGGAUGGAGUCUGAGGAGAAACACAAGCAGAGACACCGGAGCUGAGUGUGGAGAUGAGUGGGGAAGAUCAGCUGGUUCUUCCUGUAACAUCAGCUACAUCGACCCAUUGGACAGUGGAGUUUACUGGUGUGAGUCCAGAGAGGGUCCCAUCAGUAACAUGGUUAACCUGACAGUCACUGGUGGAUCAGUGAUCCUGCAGAGUCCUGUCCUCCCUGUGAUGGAGGGAGAUGACGUCACUCUGCUCUGUAAAACAAAGACCACUCCCUCCAACCUCCCAGCUGCUUUCUAUAAAGAUGGCUCCCUCAUCAGGAAGCAGCCUACAGGUCACAUGACCAUCCAGCAUGUUUCCAGGUCUGAUGAAGGCCUCUACAAGUGUGACAUCAUCAGCGGUCAUGGAGAGUCUCCAUCCAGCUGGAUCACUGUCACAGGUGGGAUUCUCUCUGCAGGCAAACCUACAAACACAACCCUGGCCCAUGAACCCUCCUCCCCCCACCUUGUGUCCAGAGUUUUCCUCCAUCUGGUGGUGUUCUGUCCAUACUUCAUCUCCACUCUGCUCAUGGUAUCUUUAUAUCGAUGGAGAGUCACAGGAAGUGACCUUAUCCCUGUGGUAACAGCACCACCCACCCAAGCUAGGGAGAGACUGGCUGAAGACUGUGAUGACAUUGUUGGCGUGAUCACUGAGCAUCACUUCUGAGUUCCUGUUUAAUCUGUCAGAUUGUGGUCGUCACAUCUCUGUUAUUGAACAACGUGCGACACCACAGAUUUAAACUGGAAUAUUAUGCUUUAAUUAAUAAAUAAAUACAUGAAGAAAACAUGGACCAGUUAAAGACUGAAUGGUAGUAAUGGAAGUUUAAUGGAUUUAAAACACUCACUUUUAUGUAAUCAUACUCUAUCAUACUAUCUAUCUAUCAUACUGUCAAAAGAUUCAAACAUUGUGUAAUAAAACAUGUGACAGUGUGUGAAACACCUGCACCUCCACAUUCUGCUCACAUGUUCAUGUUAAACAGGAAACUGAUUGACUACAGUGUUGUGAGCAUCUGUUAACCACAGGCUAAAAGACCGGCGGUCCUGCAAGAACACCACCCACUGCUACCUUUCAUCUGCAAACACACACUGACUGCAGGGUGGGCAUUUAGAAACUCUGGUUCAGUUUAUGUCAUUAAGGUGGGCAGUUAAAACUGAACCUAAACCUGGUGUUGUGUGCUAUGAACUUAAAUUAAAUUGCAAUCCAAGAUUCUGUUCAGACCUUUUCUUAGUUGGUUUCUGUAUGAUUACAAUCUCAGGUUUUCUUAGUUUUAGUUUUUGUUACCUUUUCCAAUAAAGUUUCUGUUGGUAGUUUAUCUUUAAUUCUUUGAGUUCCAAUUUAUUCUGUCUCCUCUAUAUUCUCCUGUAUUUUAAUGCUAAUCUUGCUCUUUUUGUUCCCUUCUUAUGUUGCUUCCUGUUUUACUUUGAUACCCUUUUGCUUUUUGUAUUUGAUUUCACAUCUUUUAUUUCAUUCUCAUUUGAUUACCCUUAUUAGCCUUUGUGUACUUAUAGCUUCAGUCUUCCUUUUUCGCUUGUUGUGCCUUACUGUUUCCUCAGUGUCUUUUGGGGUUUGUGUCCCCAACAUCAUAUUUGUUCACUUCCCUUUUAAAUGUUCAUUCUGAUGGUUUUUAUCAGCCUUAAAUAAACCGCUGGUUUACUUUC